GGUGGGAACAAGGUUGGGUUGGGAGACAGGAAGAGAAAAGGAGGGAGGAUUGCGGAAGGCACUCUGCUCCAAGAUCUCAUCUUUCCAUUCUCUACCCUACCUUAUUUAUGAGGCCUGGAUUGUUACGAAAAAAAAGGAAAAGGCAAGGCGGCUAACGUUAACCUUUCUUUCAUGCCCGAACCAGGCCUCCCAGAUGUGUGGAACUGUCCCUGGAGCUGUAGCCCUUCACCACCAUCUCUAUCUCCUUCUGAGGGAUCCUGAAAUCUCUGUCAUGGAAAAGUACCACGUGUUGGAGAUGAUUGGAGAAGGCUCUUUCGGGAGGGUGUACAAGGGUCGAAGAAAAUACAGCGCUCAGGUGGUGAACAAAGAGGGAUAUCUCUUGGGUGGUAUCCCACACCCUCAACUCCAGUGGAGAAUGGGGCCAGAAUACUGACCUGUAUUCGUAGGACACUGAUUCCUUCAUACUUAUGAAAUAUGAGCUCUGAAAUUGGAUUACUUGGGUUCAAAUCGCAGCUCCACCACUUUCUAGCCUUAGAACUAUAGACAAGUUACUCAACCUCUCUAUGUCUCAGUUUCCUCAUCUAUAGAAUGAAAAUAGAACAGCGUCUUAUUGGGGUAUGAGGAUUAAGUGUGAUGUCACACUGAAUAUCUUAGAGCAGUGCUUGGCACCUAGUAAACAGCAAUUAUAAUUAUUUUUAAUAUUAUUAUCUAUCAUACCAUGAAGGAAGGGAUAAACCACCUGAACUCUAUUCUUCCCUCUUCAUUUUUUCUUCCUUCCCUUUCCCCUAAAUCCCUUAAAUAUUGAGUUCUUUAUCCAGUUCUUUUCCCAGAAUACACCAAAGGGAUCUAUCUGGCAGAGGCUCUUUCCUCCUAGGGUGAGAGCAGGGGAAACCUGGGUAAGACCAGGGUACCAUGGGGAAAGUCGAGUGGGAGACUAGCAAGUAUAGUGAGAAUUGCUCAAACAAUCUGAAGUCUGAGUUCUGGAGCUUUGAGGCUAAUGUUUAAAUAGUGUGGUUAGGCCUUGACUCUUGACCUUACCACUGACAGGUGGUGGCCCUGAAGUUCAUUCCAAAAUUGGGACGCUCAGAGAAAGAGCUGAGGAAUCUGCAACGAGAGAUUGAAAUCAUGCGGGGUCUGCGGCAUCCCAAUAUUGUGCAUAUGCUUGACAGCUUUGAGACUGACAAAGAGGUGGUGGUGGUGACAGACUAUGCUGAGGGAGAGCUUUUUCAAAUCCUAGAAGAUGAUGGAAAACUUCCCGAAGAGCAGAUUUGCCCGGGCUAUGAGCACCAACACGAUGGUGCUGACAUCCAUUAAAGGCACACCACUCUACAUGUCUCCAGAGCUGGUGGAGGAACGACCAUACGACCACACCGCGGACCUCUGGUCUGUGGGCUGCAUACUGUAUGAGCUGGCAGUGGGCACUCCUCCCUUCUAUACCACGAGCAUCUUUCAGCUGGUCAGCCUCAUUCUCAAGGACCCUGUGCGCUGGCCCCCCACCAUUAGUCCUUGCUUCAAGAACUUCCUUCAGGGACUGCUCACCAAGGACCCCCGGCAGCGUCUGUCCUGGCCAGACCUGUUACAUCAUCCCUUUAUUGCUGGUCGUGUCACCAUAUUAACCGAGUCAGCAGGCCCAGAUUUGGGUACCCCAUUCACCAGUCGCUUACCCCCAGAACUUCAGGUCCUAAAGGACCAACAGGCGCAUCGUCUGGCCCCCAAGGGCAAUCGAUCUCGCAUCUUGCGGCAAGCCUAUAGGCACAUGGCUGAGGAGGCCAAGCAGAAGAAACACCAGAACCCAGGACCUGCCCUCGAGCAAGAGGACAGGACCAGCAAGGUGGCUUCUGGCACAGCCUCUCUGACCAGACUAAAGGCCACUCCUCAGGAACCAAGUCUCUUGACUGGGGUCUUAGGCUCAGAAAUGAAGAGCAGCUGGGCUGAGUGGAGGGCUGGAGAAGCUCCCCCUGCGCCUUGCAGGGAAAACUGGAUCACCCAGGAUUGUGAGCAAGCAUUCCCAGAGCUGAGGCCAGAGGUGGUGGGCCAGCAGAGCCUUGAUGCAGUUGACCUAGAAAAUGAGGAGCCAGGCAACGAUGAUGCUGAGUGGCGGCACCUGCUAGAGACCACUGAGCCUGUGCCCGUCCAACUGAAGGCCCCUCUCGCCCUGCUGUGCAAUCCCGACUUCUGCCAGCGCAUCCAGAGUCAGCUGCAUGAGGCUGCAGGGCAGAUCCUGAAAGGCGUGCUGGAGGGCGCUUCCCAUAUCCUUCCUGUGCUCCGGGUCCUGAGCAGUCUUCUGUCCAGCUGCGGUGGUGACUCUGUUUCCUUGUACUCCUUCUGCCGAGGGGCAGGGCUCCCCUGGCUGCUGCUCAGCCUCCUCCGACACAGCCAGGAGAGCAGCAGUAUCCAGCAGCAGCGUUGGUAUGGGACCUUCUUACGGGACCUGAUGGCUGUGAUUCAGGCCUACUUUGCCUGCACCUUCAAUCUGGAGAGGAGCCAGACAGGUGACAGCCUACAGGUAUUUCAGGAAGCUGCCAACCUCUUUCUGGAGCUCUUGGGGAAACUACUGGCCCAACCAGAUGACUCCGAGCAGACUUUGCGGAGGGACAGCCUUAUGUGCUUUACUGUUCUGUGUGAAGCCAUGGAUGGGAACAGCUGGACCAUCUCCAGAGCUUUCUACUCCAGCCUGAUGACCACACAGCGGGCUGUGUUGGAUGGGCUCCUUCAUGGCUUGACAGUUCCACAGCUCCCUUUCCACAGCCCCCCAGGAGCCCCCGAGGUGAGCCAGCCGCUUCGGGAGCAGAGUGAGGAUCUGCCUGGAGCCCUCUCCUCGGCACUGGCAGCCUUAUGCACUGCUCCUGUGGGGCUACCUGGCUGCUGGGAAGCCAAGGCGCAGAUCUCCCGGCAUUUGGCAAACCAGCUCACUGAAGACAGCAACCAACUGAGGUCAUCCCUCAUCUCUGGCCUGCAGCAUCCCAUCCUGUGCCUACACCUUCUCAAGGUUCUCUACUCCUGCUGCCACGUCAGUGAGCCCCUGUGCUGUCUUCUAGGGCAAGAGCCCCUGGCCUUGGAGUCACUGUGGAAGUUGGUCCAGGGCAAGGUAAAGGUAGUGGAUUGGGAAGAGUCUGCUGAAGUGGCACUGUACCUCCUCUCCCUUCUUGUCCUUCACCUCCAAGAUCUGCCUUCUGGAAUGGAGAAGCUAGGCAGUGAGGUUGCUACUGUCUUUACCCAUUCACACGUCGUCUCUCUUGUGAGCGCGGCAGCCUGUCUGUUGGGACAGCUUGGUCAGCAAGGGGUGACUUUUGACCUCCAGCCUGUGGAGUGGAUUGCAGCUGCCACACAUGCCCUGUCCGCCCCUGCGGAGGUCCGGCUGACUCCACCGGGUGGCUGUGGAUUCUAUGAUGGCCUCCUCAUGCUUCUGCUGCAGCUGCUCAUCCAGCAGGGGAAGGGUAAUCCAGUAAGGGUCGUGGCUAGCUCAGAAAUGUGGACCGUUCUGUGGCACCGCUUCUCCAUGGUGCUGAGGCUCCCUGAGGAGGCAUCUGUACAGGAAGAGGAGCUGUCACUGUCCAGUCCACAAAGCCCAGAGCCAGACUGGACGCUGAUCUCACCCCAAGGUAUGGCAGCCCUGCUGAGCCUGGCCAUGGCCACCUUUACCCAGGAACCCCAGUUAUGCCUGAGCCACCUGUCUCAGCGUGGAAGUAUCCUCAUGUCCACCCUGAAGCAUCUGCUUUCGCCCAGCUUCCUGCAUCACCUGACCCAGGCGCCUCAGGGGCCUGAGUUUCUCCCCGUUGUGGUGCUCUCUGUCUGCCAGCUCCUCUGCUUCCCCUUCGCCCUGGAUGUGGACGCUGACCUCCUUGAAGGUGUCUUGGCUGACCUCACAGACUCAGAAGUCACAGCCCACCUGCUGCAGGUCUGCCGCCACCAUCUUCCACUGACACAAGCCGAGCUGCCCAUCAGUCUGCUCACACGCCUGGCCCUCUCUGAGCCCCCCUCUCUCAACCAGUUUGUGAGCACAGUAGCCGCCUGCCCUACAACCACCAUCUCAUUCCUCUCAGCUGCCCUCCUGGGUGACCAGCCGCUGCUGACCUCUGACCUUCUCUCCCUCCUGGCCCACACCGCUCGGGUACUGUCUCCCAGCCAUUUGUCCUUUAUCCAAGAACUCCUGGCUGGCCCCGAUGAAUCCUAUCGGCCCCUGCGCAGCCUCCUGGGCCACCCAGAGAAUUCUGUGCGGGCCCGUACUUACGGGCUUCUGGGACACUUGCUCCAGCACAGCGGAGCCCUGCGUGGGGCCCUGCAGAGCCAGCUAGGACUGCUCAACCUUUUGCUGCUGGGGCUUGGAGACAAAGACCCUGCUGUGCGGCGUGGUGCCAGCUUUGCUGUGGGCAAUGCAGCCUACCAAGCUGGUCCCCUGGGGCCUGCCCUGGCAGCUGCGGUGCCCGGUAUGACCCAGCUCCUUGGAGAUCCUCAGGCUGGUAUCCGGCGCAAUGCCGCAUCAGCUCUGGGCAACUUGGGGCCUGAGGGUUUGGGGGACGAGCUGGUACGGUGCCAAGUACCCCAGCGGCUCCUAGAGGUGGCGUGUGGAGACCCCCAGCCAAAUGUGAAGGAGGCCGCCCUCGUUGCCCUCCGGAGCCUCCAACAGGAGCCCUGCAUCCAUCAGGUGCUGGUGUCCCUGGGUGCCAGUGAGAAGUUAGCCUUGCUCUCUCUGGGGAAUCAGUUACUGCCACGUAGCAGUCCCAGGCCGGCCUCUACCAAACACUGCAGGAAGCUCAUUCACCUCUUGAGGCCAACCCACAAUACAUGACCCCAGAUUCCUGGGGUCCAGCCUCCAACGUUCAUUGCCCUACUGUUGCCAGCCCUUCCUUUUUCUGCUCUACAAGCCGCCAACUCAACCAAGAGCUAAAGAGACUGAAAGAGAUAAGCUGCCAAUCAACUGAUUUGAGAACGAGAACCUAGAAGAGAUUUAUGUAUAAAGCUCCUUCUUUCCCCCAGAUUCAGGAUGAUUUCAGCCAGUAAACUUCAUUAUUGUUGGUGCCA